AUAACAAGAUGGCGUCUCAAGCCGAAAAUGAUUGUUUAUCUAACCCAAAUUUUGCUGUUAUUUGUUCAUUUAUGGAUAGAUAUGCAGAAUUCUUAGGUCUUACUGAAAUAGGUUACAAAGAUCUACAAGAAUGGAUAGAAGACACAAAAAAUGUGAGUCCCUUGUUGAUAGAUCUCCAUGUGAGAUUGUUGCGAAGAAUUCACAAAAAGUUAUCCAAUGUUACUGCAGACAGAUGGGAGAGAGGAGUUGUAAAGUUUUGCUACAAGUAUUCAAAUGUUGAUGCUUGGGAGAUAGAAAGAUUUGGAUACAAGUUGGCCAAAAUAUCUACAAAACUUACUCUUUUAAAGAACUUAAUGGAAUCCCAGUUUGAUUGUAACAAUAAAUUUAAAGACAAAGUAAAUGAGAUAGCAAUAGAUGAGAUGAGAUUCCAGCCAGUUGGUAGAGAUAAAGAUGGUAUGGCAUACUGGUAUUUCCUGGAUAAAGAGCUGAAUUUACGUGUGUACAGGGAACAUCAAGAUGAUGUCGACUCUGAGUCUUGGGAACUUGUAUGCAG